CUGGGAGAAUUCGGCUGGGAGCUGGAGGUCAGACAUACCAGCAGGGUCGGAAGGAGGCAGGUACGGAAGCUGAUCUGCAAAGUGAGGCAGUUAAAGCCGGCAUUUGACAGAAAAACGCUCCUCAGGACUCCGCUUGUGGCCCCGGGAAGCCACUGUGUGAUUCCGGCCUUCCUCAGCGCCCCGGUGGAGAGCAGCUGCUUCCGCUCAUGACUGAGGCAUGCCAUCCGCCAGCAGGGCCAAGGAGUAAUGUUUGUCUACGGAUUUUGAGCAUCUGAAGUUGACCUCUGCUUUAAGCAUUUGCUGCUGCUCCCUCACUGUCUGGAGAGAUGUCUGUCGCUUACGAUGAUUCCGUUGGAGUAGAAGUAUCCAGCGAUAGCUUCUGGGAGGUCGGGAACUACAAGCGGACCGUGAAGCGGAUUGACGAUGGCCACCGCCUGUGCAGCGACCUCAUGAACUGCCUGCACGAGCGGGCGCGCAUCGAGAAGGCCUACGCACAGCAGCUCACAGAGUGGGCGCGGCGCUGGCGGCAGCUCGUGGAGAAAGGGCCCCAGUAUGGGACGCUGGAGAAAGCCUGGACAGCGGUCAUGUCCGAGGCGGAGAAGGUGAGCGAGCUGCACUUGGAGGUGAAGGCCUCUUUGAUGAACGAGGACUUCGAGAAGAUCAAGAACUGGCAGAAGGAGGCCUUUCACAAGCAGAUGAUGGGAGGCUUCAAGGAGACCAAAGAAGCCGAGGACGGCUUUCGGAAGGCGCAGAAGCCCUGGGCCAAGAAGCUGAAAGAGGUAGAAGCAGCAAAGAAGGCCUACCACGCAGCGUGCAAAGAGGAGAAGUUGGCCACAUCACGAGAAACCAACAGCAAAGCAGACCCGUCCCUCAAUCCCGAGCAGCUUAAGAAGUUGCAAGACAAAGUAGAAAAGUGCAAGCAAGACGUUCUGAAGACCAGAGAGAAGUAUGAGAAGUCCCUGAAGGAGCUCGACCAGGGCACACCGCAGUACAUGGAGAACAUGGAGCAGGUGUUUGAGCAGUGCCAGCAGUUUGAGGAGAAGCGUCUGCGCUUUUUCCGGGAAGUUCUGCUGGAGGUCCAGAAGCACCUAGACCUGUCAAACGUGGCCAGCUAUAAGAGCAUUUACCGCGACCUGGAGCAGAGCAUCAAAGCCGCCGACGCGGUGGAGGACCUGCGGUGGUUCAGAGCCAACCACGGGCCGGGCAUGUCCAUGAACUGGCCGCAGUUUGAGGAGUGGUCCGCAGACCUGAAUCGAACUCUCAGCCGGAGAGAAAAGAAGAAGGCUGCUGAUGGCGUCACCCUGACGGGCAUCAACCAGACGGGCGACCAGGCUUUGCAGAACAAGCCUAGCAGUGAUCUUAGUGUCCCGAGCAAUCCCGCACGGUCCGCGCAGUCACUGUCCAGCUACAACCCUUUCGAGGAUGACGACGACACGGGGAGCACCGUCAGUGAGAAGGAGGACAUUAAGGCCAAAAACGUUAGCAGCUAUGAGAAGACCCAGAGCUACCCCACAGACUGGUCAGAUGAUGAAUCUAACAACCCGUUCUCGUCCACGGAUGCCAACGGGGACUCAAACCCGUUUGACGAGGAUGCCACCUCGGGGACAGAAGUGCGGGUCCGGGCCCUCUAUGACUAUGAGGGGCAGGAGCAUGACGAGCUGAGCUUCAAGGCGGGGGACGAGCUGACCAAGAUAGAGGACGAGGAUGAACAGGGCUGGUGCAAGGGACGCUUGGACAACGGGCAAGUCGGCCUGUACCCAGCCAAUUACGUCGAGGCGAUCCAGUGACAGGCCCGCCGGCGGGCUGGCGGAGAGUGGAGGCAGAGGUCGCAGGAGCAGCGGCGCUCAGGCAGCAGCUGGCUCUGUGAGCGUCCGCUCCUCUUCCUGCGAAACAUGAUGGCUCCGUCACUGUCGGCUUCAUGGUGUCUCUCAGAGACAGACGGGCUGGUCGCUUCACCGGGGGGGCCCGGCACCUUUCCGCACGCAGCGCAGAUGGAGAGGUCUGAGCGCCGGAAGACAGUACAACAGACUCGCCCUGUCCCCCUCUCCCGCUCACUGUGCGCGUUGGCUUAUCAUGGACCUGUCUGUUCUUGACUGGUCUCUCCUCUGCUCUGAGUCCAUGGUGGGUCCCACUGAUUCUUGUUCCUUUGAUUCCUUCCUCGGACGCGUCCCGUCUCCUGCACCUUCAAUGAACAAGCUUCCAUGCCAUUUUCUGAGUGAAGACGUCGAGGUUUUUAAUUUAAAGGCUGUGUACAGUUACACUUUUUUAUGUACCUGCUCUUCCAUUCACUCACACUUAAAUUAUGGCACAGAUUGAUAGCCGCCAGGGUUGAGGACAGCUCUCCCCGCGCCACGCUGGGGCCGGCGGCCGGAGCUGCAGCUCCCUGAGCCCCGCCGUGCGUGGGGCCCGAGAUCGCGGUGGGAGGUGGGAGCACCUUCGGCGGGUUUCUGUUGUGAAUGCCCAGCGCAUUUGGGGCGUCUGCCAUGAUUUCCGGAAAUAACCUUACGUAGUACUCCCAAGUGUCCCCAUAUUUAAAAAGUAUUUUCAUUCUAUUUGUGUUUAAAACUUUAUUCUUGCAAAUUAACAGUUUUAUCGGUGAUUUGGAAGGUUACACGGUAAAAGACUAACUUCUCGAGCACGGGCGUCUGUGGAUUAGAUGCUUUCUGUGAGACUGCCGUGCCUUGGUGUGUAUCUGUAUAUAUUAUUUGAUAUUCAGAGACUCUAAAGAGUUCGUCUACUGUUUCAAUGAGAUCUAACGGCUUUUGACAGUGGGUUUCAUUUGUAAACUGCUUGAAGACUGUGACAUUCAGGCACAGGCCUGGCUGGUCGGCUGGGCCUCCUCUGAGCUCCGGGCCUGGGCCUCUCUGGAGUGGAGACAGCUGUGGGGCCACCUUCUAACCAGCCUUAGUCCUUUCCGUAGCAGAACACUGUAGAACGUACCAUGUCUUUCCAGCAGCUGCAGACUCCAGCCCUCCCCAUUCCUCGCCAGCACACGGAAGCUGGGUCUCACCCCAAGCAGCGGGGUCCCUUUGAAUGGCCUUAGUCAUCGGGAGCGCGCCGGCAGGGGGCGCUGUGCCGCAAUCCCGGGGCGGUGGGGGGUGGGGGUGGGGGGGUGGAGGCAGGAAAACCUCUGUUUUGUGUAACUCAGACAUCGGUGAGGUGGCCGCCGCCAUCACAAGCUGUGCAUUUUCUCAGUGUUUCCAGUGAGCUUGAUGUCUUGCUUGGAAAGUGGAUGCGCAUCUGUGUUUGUCAUGAAAACUUACCAGCAGAAAUCCUCAUUCCUUUGCUACAGAUUUACCAAAAAUUGUCAAGUCUUUUCAGUUAGGAGUUUCUUCAAAUGUAUAGUAUUUUAGAAAAAAAAAAAAUCAAUAAACAGUUGAUCUGGUGA